AUGACUCUCUUCACCAGGAAGCAGAGGCUCUUCCUCAUCGCGUUCGCGCUCUUUUACAUCUUUCUGCUCUUCGUCUAUCGAUUCCGAUCUGCUCGAGACCCCGGCUCUUUUUUCUUCCAGCCAGAUGAAGGAUAUCGUCCCGGAUACAGCGUUGAAAGAAUCGAUGAAUCGUUAGAUUACCUUCACGCGUACAAUCAGUCAUUCAACGAUCCCGCGCAUCCCUCGCGAAAUUUCACCACCCCCUCUGACGAUGCCUCAAUUUGUGUCGGAGUCGUCACGGUAAAGCGCCCGCUCGAGCAAAAAAUCGAUGUCACCGUCGCUUCCAUCCUCGACAAUUUGACCGAAGAACAACGCGCAACCAUCACCGUCCAUGUUCUGUUUGCACUGACCUCCCCCACCGACCACCCAGACUACAGCCUGCCCUGGCUCCCCAAAGUCGUCGAUCGCAUCCUCACCUACGAUAACUUCGAUGUUCCAUUAUGGAAAAUCAAGCGCAUGGAGCAAAGGAAGGACAUAAAGCGCAAGUCUAUAAUUGACUAUAGUCUGUCGCUCAAAUCAUGCUACGAAGAUACCCAAGCGCCAUGGAUAUUGAUGAUGGAGGACGACGUGGUCGCACAGCGUGAGUGGUAUAACCACACCAUGCAGAGCGUUAAAACGAUCCAGUCAUGGCGCAGCAGCGACUCCAUCAAGAACUGGCUGUACGUCCGACUCUUCUAUACCGAGAAAUUUCUCGGGUGGAAUUCGCAAAACUGGUACAUUUACAUGGCCUGGAGUGUCGGUCUUGUCGCAGCGGUCGCCGUUAUAGGCGUCCAGAGCCGUCGAUCGAUCCGACCGGUACAGGGCAUUCUAAACAACACAUUCAUUGGUGUCCUGUGCUUCGUGUGCGUACCUCUGCUCAUCAUCCUAUACUUCCUCGCCGGCCGGGUCACAAUGCUGCCCAUGAGACCCGGUAUCCACCUGAUGAACAGCCACGGAUGCUGCUCCCAGGCGCUUCUUUUUCCUCGCGAGAAUGUCCCCAAACUUCUCGAUUACAUGGAGAACUUGCCGAGUUCGCGGCCCUAUGCGGUGGACACUGUGAUUGAGCGGAUGGCGAAUGCGAAUGAACUGGACCGGCUGGUGAUAGUACCCUCUCAGAUGCAGCAUGUAGGUGCCGCUUCGUUCAAGGAGAAGAGGAAGCACUUUCGCAAGGGACCACACCCGGUACAAGGAGCACAUGGGGUGUGGAGUAUGGGGUUUGAAAGGGCCUACCAAGAAUAA